CUAAAGUACCUACAGUUUUUAGUGCAAGUUUUUGGACAAGAAUCUUAAUGUAAUUUUUUAGCCAAAACCGACAAAUCUGAGUCCCACCCAUUUCACCAAACAUGUUUAUCUUGUCAUGGGAAAGUAACUGGAGCCCAAGGAUAAGAGGCAAGACAGACAGAUAAUGCUUCUGUUUUGGCUAAAGGAAAAAUUGUAGCUUUUCAACAGUAUUGGUGGUGUACAUGUUUCUAAGGAAACUUCCCUGCAUUUCUCUGUUUGCUUUUCCAAUGCCUGGUUUGUAGCUUUUUUUGGAGUUAACUUCAAUACGCUGAAUUGGAAGCGAGGCUGUCACGGUUGAUUUACCAAAUGGAAUUUCGCCUCAUUUUAUUCUUAUUUGUGGCUUCCCUACCUGCAAUUUUGGCUGAAGAGAUUAGUCAUUGGACAAUUGUAGUUGAUGGGACUACAACUGUUGCUCAAACUGAUGAUAACUUCAUCUGUGCUACAAUUGAUUGGUGGCCUCAUGAUAAGUGUGAUUACAAGCAGUGUCCAUGGCACUAUACAUCUGCAAUAAAUCUGGACUUGACUCAUCCUUUCCUUGCCAGAGCUGUCCAAGCUUUCAACCGUUUGAGGAUAAGAAUUGGAGGCUCUUUGCAAGAUCAAGUGUUGUAUAAUGUUGGAAAUUUGAAGUCUCCUUGCCAUCCAUUCAGAAAGAUGAAAGAUGGGUUGUUUGGAUUUUCAAAGGGAUGCUUACACAUGGAGAGGUGGGACCAGCUGAACCAUUUUUUCAAUGCAACAGGGGUAAUGUUGACAUUUGGCUUGAAUGCACUCCAUGGGAGACAUAAAAUAAGGAGGAGCCUCUGGGGAGGCGAUUGGGACUCUAGCAAUGCACAAGAUUUUAUGAAAUACACCAUUUCAAAGGGGUACCAAAUAGAUUCAUGGGAAUUUGGUAAUGAGUUGAGUGGAAAUGGUGUUGGUGCGCAUGUUCUUGCCAGCCAGUAUGGGAAAGACUUGAUCUACCUAAAGAAAAUUAUAAAUGAGUUAUACAAAGGCUCUCAAUACAAACCAUCCCUUGUAGCACCUGGGGGAUUCUUUGACCGAGAGUGGUUUACGAAGCUUCUUCAGAUCUCAGGUUCAAGCAUACUUGAUGCCAUGAGCCAUCAUAUAUACAAUUUGGGUGCAGGUGUUGAUCCCAAACUUAUAAGUAAGAUAUUGGAUCCAAACCACUUAAGCAAGGUAGAAGUUACAUUCAGCAAUCUUACACACAUCAUCCGAAGGCAUGGUCCUUGGGCUUCUGCAUGGGUUGGAGAAUCUGGUGGGGCCUAUAACAGUGGUGGUCCUCAUGUGUCUGACACAUUUGUGAACAGCUUCUGGUAUUUGGAUCAGCUUGGAAUGGCAUCCAAGUACCAUACUAAAGUAUAUUGUAGGCAAACACUAAUUGGUGGGAACUAUGGUCUCCUCAAUGCAACAACAUAUGUACCCAACCCUGAUUAUUACAGUGCACUUCUAUGGCAUCGACUGAUGGGAAAAGUGGUUCUAGCUGUUGAUAGUGAUGCUUCAUCCUUUCUGCGAACUUAUGCCCAUUGUUCGAAAGGAAGAGCCGGUGUAACUUUGCUCCUGAUCAACUUGAGCAAUCAGACGAAAUUCAUAUUGGAUGUUCAAAAUAGCAUCAGCAUCAAGUUGGCUGUGAAAGAAGAAAACAUUGGCCAGGCCACUUUCACACAUAGUCUUAAGAAAACAUUUUCCUGGGUUGGAGUUAAAGCUUCAGAUGAACCGCUACUCAGAGAGGAGUAUCAUUUAACUCCAAGAAAUGGAUACCUGCAAAGCCGAACUAUGGUUCUUAAUGGUGUUCCUUUACUUACAGAUGCUGGAAACAUCCCAAGGCUAGACCCUAUCCGUGUUAAUGUGAUGUCUCCAAUAUCUUUGGCUCCUUUGUCUAUUGCAUUCAUAGUAUUCCCCAACUUCGAUGCUCCAGCUUGUGGAUAAUUUUCCAUUUUCCUUACAGCAGUAAUGCAAGAAUGAGGUGUUGCAUAUGAUAAUUGUAUUAAUAGCAGAAUUUCUAAGUUUUUGGUGAAUAUAGUUUUGAGCAAUUGUAAUUAUCCUUAAUUUCUGCAGCAAUGUUACGUGGAAAAUAAUUUCUGUAGAAAUUGUAUAAAUCAUUAUUUCUAGUUAUGCAGUGAUCAGUUGUAUAAAUCAUUAUAUGCAUUUA